AUGUUGAUGAAAACCUCCUUCGUUGCAGCUAUCCUGGCCUGCUUGUCCAUGACCGUCCAGGCCCACAUUAGUAUGAGCAACCCCUGCGGCCGCUACCAUUCCAGGGCUGGAUGCCCUGCUCCCCCACCUGGUCAGUCGAUCGACUACGAUACCAACUCUCCCAUCGGCACCCAUGAUUCACAGAAGUUCCCCCUCUGCAAGCACACCGUCCCCUACACCCAGCGUACCGUCUACAAGGCUGGUGAGACGAUCAACACCGGCUACUCCAUCGGCGCUGCCCACGGAGGCGGACACUGCCAAUGGGCUCUGUCCUACGACAACGGCAAGACCUAUGUCGUCAUCAAGACCUUGCUCGGCGAGUGCUUCAAGGGCCAGACCGGCGGCCAGAGCUACACCCUCCCUGUUCAGAUCCCUAGCAAUGCCCCCUCGGGCAAGGCGACCUUCAUGUGGCUCUGGAACAAUGCCGUCGGUAACCGUGAGCUGUACUCCAGCUGCGCCGACAUUGAAAUCAAGGGUUCCAACGGUGGAUCCAUCUCUGGUGUCGAACCCCUGAUCGCCAACUAUGGUCCUUCGAGUGUAUUUAUCGCCGAGUUUGUCCAUGGCAACGAUGGCAGCGGAGAGUUCGCUAAGCGCAAACCAAUCACCAUCAGCGUUCCUAGCGGAAACGGUGCGUCCGAGGCUACUACCACGACUACCCAGGUCAUCCCUAUCCCUACCACCACCACCACCACCAGUAAUACUGCCUGGGCCACUUGCUCACUCACCACCACCACCCGCGUCGUGACCAGGACCGAGACCGAGGUCAUUAAGCCCACUUGGUGCAUCUAA